AUUUAGAGACUUUGGAGGCACAUGCAAUGACAGCUAUCCUACUUUGAGAUGACCACUUCACAGUAUGAGUUCAGAGACACAGAAGAGGAUCAGGACAACAGAGCAGGAGGGACACAAAGGUCAGCAUCUUCACCUGCUGCAUCACAGUCAGAGCUGUGGCACCCGCAGAGAACAGGGGAGGCUUUUAUUUCUUGGACUUCUCCUCGACUGCACCAGUAUACAAGUAUUAUACUAGAAAAAGCCCUGGACAAAAGAAAAAGACAGAACAACGGAAUCGCAACUUCCUGUAUUGAGACAUCAUGGCAAAGCAGGUCAGCCGCUCACCGCUCCUCAAGCCCUUCUUCCUGAAGACGCCUGUGAGAGUGGUCAGCCCUCUGCAACAAAGACGACACACGCUCCCCGCCAGCGAGUUCAGGAACCUCACGCCACAGGACGCCAUCAGCGUGUUUGAGAUCGAGAGAGAAGCAUUCGUCUCCGUGUCUGGAGAGUGUCCCCUCACCCUGGAUGAGGUGCUGAAUUUCCUGAGUCAGUGCCCUGAGCUCUCACUGGGCUGGUUUGAGGAGGGACAACUGGUGGCUUUCAUCAUUGGCUCUGGCUGGGACAAGGAGAGGCUUUCACAAGAGGCCAUGACUCAGCACGUCCCGGACAGCCCCGCUGUGCACCUCCAUGUGCUGUCAGUGCACCGCCACUGCCGCCAGCAAGGCAAGGGCUCCAUCCUCUUGUGGCGCUACUUGCAGUACCUGCGUUGCGUACCGGGCCUCCGGCGAGCUCUGCUGAUUUGCGAGGACUUCCUGGUGCCUUUCUACCUCAAGGCCGGCUUCAAAGAGAAGGGAACGUCAGCCAUCUCCGUGUCCAACAUGCAAUUCCAUGAGAUGGAGUACACGGUCGGCGGGCAGGCGUACGCCAGGAGGAACAGUGGCUGCUAGGCCCUCGAUCCCAAAGCCCACCCUCAUGCUUCGACCUACUCACCCACCUUAACGGACUCAGGGCAGAAGAGAUUAAGAAAACCCAGCUGAGAGAGGGACAGAUAGAAGCGCAGGGCCAGUAAACACCAGUGGACUGGGUUCAGCAUCCUCCUGUCAGCAGCUCAGAGCUUGCUUUGACCCACUGAGCGAGGAGUGACGACUGUGUUAGGCCAGAAGGGAUCGAGAGCGGAUUCACUUCUUCAUGCAAGAAAUGAUGGCUUUGCAGAUGAUAAUUGGGCUUUUCAGACAUUAAAUUAUUUUCCUUCUGUUACCAGUAGAAUAUUGUAAGCUCUAAACUGUUUUACCAUCUAAUCCUUCAUAUUUUAUGGUUUUUAAUUUAAUCAAGGUACCUACUAGGAAAAAAAAGCAAAUAAAUGAAAUCAAACCUUGAGUUGUGGUAUGAAUACUGUUCUAUUUUUGUAAACCAUUCAGUGUGAUUACAGUAAUAUAGAAUAAUUUGAAGAUCUAUAUAUUGAUCAUGUAGCCUCUAA